CUUCCACGCCGUCACAUCCAAUGCUUCCCGUCGCCAUGAGCAGCGGCAUGCGUGCCCUCGCCUGCGACUCUGCCGCCGUGCUGCGCGCCACACGAGCACGCGGCUUCGCCAGCUCGGCAUCCACAUCAGCACCGGCGGCCGCUGCCGCUGCUGCGACGCCCUCCUCGUCCCGGCCCGCGCCGUCCCGCGCCGGCAAGCGGCGGGCGCGCGCCGCACGCGACGACAAGCUGCGCCACGCCAUCGAGCUCUUCCACCGCGCACCCACCUUCUACGCCUCGCCCGCCUCGACGCCCGGCGCCGGCGUGCAGAGCGAGGAGACGCCCGAGGCCAAGCGCGCCCUCGACCAGCGCGUCAUGGAGGACGUGCUGUACCCGUACACCGACUACAUCGAGGGCGCCGAGGACCAGACGUUCCUCACGCUCGCCGCCGUCGCCUCCAACGCUGCGCGCGACGCGGCGUCGCUGAACAGCGCCACGAGCACCGUGCAGGCGCCGUCCAAGUUGGUGUCGGGCUACAACCCCGAGGGCACGCCCGUGCCGCCCGAGUCGGCCUCGCUCACCGCCAUGCCGUCGGCAGAGAGCGAGGCGACGCGCUCGUACCUCGAGCAGCUCAUCAAGGAGGAGGACAGCCGGCGUGCCGUCGUCAACGUCGGCUACACGACGCCCAGCAGCGUCAGUCGUGCCGUGCUGGUGCGCGACGCCCUCUUCGGCACCGUGCACGGCGAGAAGCCAGGCCUCGAGGUGGUGCGCGAGCGCGCCGCCGCCCGCAAGGCGCGCAUGGAGCAGGACGGGACACCGCAGGGGCCAUAGGGCAGCACUUGCGGUAGUAGAUGUCAGGGCGAGGCAGGCGACACGAAUGGGGGCAGAUGGUAAUGGCACUGGGUAUAGCAGAUUGGAGCAAACGAGCGGCGGCUGCGCCGAACAGCGGAGCAUAAAGUAGAGCACUACACGAGACACUCGCGGCGCACCGCGGUGAAGCCUGUGGUCCGCUUGACGGCUAGGACAGGGAUGGUGGGCACGGUAGGCUUGGCCUCGGCGGGUGGAGCGGUCGCCGCAGGCGGAGCUGUCGCUGCCGGCUUGGCCUCGCUGCCUCGGGAGCCCUUCGCGAGCGAGGCUGCUCGCGACAGGGCCUGCGCAGUCGAG